GACUCAGUCUCUCACACCGUCGUCACUUUUUUUUAUUUGGUCUUCCUUGUGUCAUCGCUGUCUCUGACUUCCCUGUCUCCUCCUCCUCCUCCGCCUUCCCUUUUGCUUCUCCGCCGUAUUCUCUCUCUCUCUCACCGCCACCACUAGCAUCGCCGAAAAGUCACAAGCUUUACUAAAGCAUCACCAUUUGCGUAAUCAAAUUUGGCUUCUUCUCGAGGGGAAAAUUCUUAAAAAUCAAAGUCCCGGUCUUUGGUGGAGGCUUCGUUAGAUCUGACAAGUCAAUUAAGGCAGUGCCCAUCUCGAAAGUUUUCACCUUUACGUUUCAUUGAUGGUUUCCACGGCGGCUAGGACCUCCUCCGGGGAUUUUGUUUGUUGUAGACGAUGAACGGUGAGGAUCGAAGAGGGUGGUGGUGUCGUCGUUCUGGUGAUUGUUUCACAUGGAAUGGCAGAUCUUGUGUCCUAUAGUAAUGCUCCUCCUGACCACAACGUUGAACAAGCAUUGAUUACAUUGAAGAAGGGCUCUCAGCUUUUGAAGUAUGGUCGCAAAGGAAAGCCGAAGUUUUAUCCUUUUAGACUCUCUAGUGAUGAAAAGUCUUUGAUCUGGAUAUCGAGUAGCGGUGAAAAGCGACUUAAGUUAGCUUCUGUAUCUAAAAUUGUACCUGGGCAAAGAACUGCUGUUUUCCAGCGUUACCUUCGUCCAGAGAAAGAUUACUUAUCCUUUUCUCUCUUAUACAACGGAAAGAAGAAGUCUCUUGACUUGAUUUGUAAGGACAAGGUUGAGGCUGAAGCUUGGAUUGGAGGCCUUAGAGCAUUGAUAUCCGCCGGGCAAGGCGGACGGUCAAAGAUUGAUGGCUGGAAUGGCGGAAACAUCUCAGUUGAUGCUAGCAGAGACUUGACAUCGAGCAGUCAAAGCAGCAGCUCCGCGACCACUUCACAGAGCCACAGCUCUCCCGGGACUCCCUUCAGUUUCGAUCCAAUAGCUUCUCCCAAGAGCGAGGUUCCUUCAACAGAUUCAGAGAAAUCACAUUCACAUGUUCUACUAGACACCAAAACCAUGCAAACAAAGGUAUCCGGUUCAGACGGGUUCCGAGUCAGCGUCUCCAGCGCCCAGAGCAGCUCCAGCCACGGCUCCGGGGCUGACGACGCCGACGCGCUAGGUGACGUGUACAUCUGGGGCGAGGUCAUUAUCUCUGACAAUGCCGUGACCGCCACGAGAACAGACGUCCUUGUGCCUAAGCCGUUGGAGUCAAACAUCGUCCUCGACGUUCACCAGAUUGCUUGCGGCGUACGGCACGCCGCGUUUGUGACGAGGCAGGGAGAGAUUUUCACUUGGGGGGAAGAGUCAGGAGGGAGGUUAGGCCACGGGAUGGGGAAAGACGUUUUCAGCCCUCGUCUCGUUGACUCACUCGCAACUAACUUUGACUUUGUUUCCUGCGGAGAGUUCCACACGUGCGCCGUGACUCUCUCGGGAGAGCUUUACACGUGGGGAGACGCCACGCACAGCGUCGGCCUUCUAGGGCACGGAUCGGAUAUCAGCCACUGGAUACCGAAGCGAAUCGCUGGUCCUCUCGAAGGGCUCCACGUGGCGUCGGUGGCUUGCGGGCCCUGGCACACGGCUCUGGUGACGUCUCACGGGAGGCUUUUCACGUUUGGGGACGGGACGUUUGGGGUGUUGGGGCAUGGCGAGAGGGAGACGGUUAGGUCUCCGAGGGAGGUUGAGUCUUUGUCAGGGCUGAGAACGAUUGCGGUUUCGUGCGGGGUGUGGCACACGGCGGCUGUCGUUGAGAUCAUCGUCGCGCCGCAGUCGAACGCUAGCUCAGGGAAGCUGUUCACGUGGGGGGACGGGGAUAAGAACCGUCUCGGGCACGGUGAUAAGGACGCACGUCUUAAACCGACGUGCGUCCCUUCACUUAUUGAUUACAACUUCCACAGAGUCGCGUGCGGGCACAGCUUAACAGUCGGGUUGACUACUUCUGGACAGGUGUUCACGAUGGGGAGUACAGUCUACGGCCAGCUCGGGAGUUUGCAGACGGACGGGAAGGUGCCGUGUCUUGUGGAGGACAAACUCGCGAGCGAGUUUGUCGAGGAGAUCUCUUGCGGAGCGUAUCACGUGGCGGCGCUGACGUCUAGAAACGAAGUGUACACGUGGGGGAAAGGAGCUAACGGGAGGUUAGGGCACGGCGAUUUGGAGGAUCGGAAAGUGCCGACUCUAGUGGAAGGUUUGAAGGAUAGGCACGUUAAGUACAUUGCUUGCGGGUCAAGCUACACCGCGGCGAUUUGUCUGCAUAAAUGGGUGUCUGGCGCUGAGCAGUCUCAGUGCUCAGCGUGUAGGCUUGCGUUUGGUUUCACGAGGAAGAGGCAUAACUGUUAUAAUUGCGGACUUGUUCAUUGUCAUUCGUGCAGCUCCAAGAAGGCGUUCGGAGCUGCGUUGGCUCCGAGCGCCGGGAGGCUGUACCGUGUUUGCGACGUUUGUUAUGUUAAGUUGAGUAAAGUUUCGGAUACGAGUAGAAGGAACAGCGUCGUGCCGCGUCUUUCGGGGGAGAAUAAGGAUAGAUUGGAUAAAUCUGAGAUAAGAUUGGCGAAGUUUGGUGCGUCUAAUGUGGAUUUGAUCAAGCAGUUGGAUAGCAAAGCUGCUAAACAAGGGAAGAAGAGUAGUGAUAACUUUCGCAACUCUCAGCUGCCUUCUCUGUUGCAGCUGAAAGAUGCAGUGCAGUCAAGGUCUAAUGCUCCAAAGCUGGUUCAGGCUCCGUCAGGUAUUAGCUCCAGGUCGGUGUCGCCUUUCUCCAGGAGGUCUAGUCCUCCUCCACGGUCUGCUACUCCUAUGCCUUCGACUUCUGGAAUCUAUUUCCCUGUGGGGAUGGCGGAUAAUAUGAAGAAAACUAAUGAGAUUCUGAAUCAGGAGAUUAUUAAGUUACGAACACAGGUUGACAGUUUGACUCAAAAGUGUGAGCUUCAAGAAGUAGAGCUCAAGAACUCGGUUAAGAAGACUCAGGAAGCCUUAGCGUUGGCAGAGGAGGAGUCUGCUAAGUCGAGAGCUGCUAAGGAGGCAAUAAAGUCACUCAUAGCUCAGCUCAAGGACGUAGCUGAGAAGUUGCCUCCUGGUGAGAGCAUCAAACUGGCCUGCCUUCAAAACGGUUUCAAUUUCCCUGAAGAAAACGGUUUCCUUCAUUCAAGAUCAGAGUCCAUGACUUCCUCUGUAUCUUCAGUUGCUCCUUCCGACUUCGCCUUUGCGAAUGCAUCUUCUCGGUCCAGUCUCCAAUCGCCAAACCACACUCCUAGAGCCUUCGAAAGAAACAAUGGUUAUCCAGCAGACCCGCGGCUUAGCAGCAGCGGGUCAGUAAUCAGCGAGAGACACGAGCCUUUCCAGUUCCAAAACGACAAUGGUUCGAGCCACACAGGGGCUGUGGACAGUACUAAUGAUGUAGAAGCAGAGUGGAUCGAACAGUAUGAACCUGGCGUGUAUAUAACCCUUGUGGCACUCCAUGAUGGAACUAGAGAGCUAAGAAGAGUCCGCUUCAGCCGGAGAAGAUUCGGUGAACAUCAAGCAGAGACUUGGUGGUCGGAGAAUCGAGAAAAAGUGUAUGAGAAAUAUAGUGUGAGAGUGUCUGAAAAACCAACAGCUUCUCCAACGCAUAGAGACAGAGACCAUGAAGAAGAAGAUGUUGCUCAGUAGGUUUUGCACUCAUGAGUUUUAGUUUUCUUUGCCUUUUGCCCCGAAACUCUUCAUUUGUUCAACUUAACCCUUCUUCCUUUUGACCCACUCUGUCUGGGAGGUUAAUGUUCAUGUCCUUAGAUGUAAUGUUGUAUAUAUAAAAAGACCAUCUGUUCUCGGUUCA